CAACAGCUGAUGUCGAAGCAAUAUUUGCUCAGAUCUACAAAAAUGCACCACAACCAGAAGAAAUCUCAUUCUUCCCACCAGAUUUCAUCCUACAAUUUCGCAGAAAAAAAAGACUAUGAUACCAUCUUGAAUUACAAGUUCCUUACUGAUAACAACCACACAUUUUCUCUAUCACGCUGGUCUAAUGAUGGCCGAUGUUUCACAGAACAUUGGCUAAUUCCAUUAACUAUCGAGAUACAUGGCAUACCGCCUUACAUGUUUGAUGUUAGUAGCCUAGGUGCACUUCUUGACCCUCAUUGCGAUAUUGAGAGCUACACCAUGAACAAGAAAACUGGAACAUGCACUGUCGAAGCCUACGCAGCAGGCAUCCAUUGCAUUCCACCAACAGGGUUCAUUUCAUAUACAACACGCAACGGCCUUGCAACCAGUGUACACUCUUACCCUGUUACUCUGAAAACCAAAUUCUCCCCUAAAGUAACACAGUUAGGUUUUGACUGGAUCGGAGAGAAAUAUGAUGAGGUCCAUUCCAAACCCGUCAGCCCACCGUACAAAGAUAAUGAAGAAAAUAUUGACUCGGAGAUGUUAAGAGAAGCUGACAAAGAAAUAUUUGAAGGUAUAAUACUAAGUAACCAAUUCUACUUUUCUACAGCAGAAAAAAGAUUAUUUACAACAACUAAUAGUCAACCUUCUUAA